AUGGCGAAAAAGGGAAAGGGUGCUACAGCAGAUGCUGCGUUUAACGAGCUUUUUAAGCCAGAAUACAAGGGCAAGCAUUUAACUGAUGAGAUCAACACUGCCGAGGAUAAGUGGAAUUUGUUGCCAGCAUUUUUGAAAAUCAAGGGUUUGGUUAAACAACAUCUAGACUCCUUCAAUUACUUUGUUGAUGUGGAUUUGCGGAAGAUAUUAAGCGCCAAUUCUCUUGUCCUAUCUGAUGUUGAUCCUGAUUUUUAUGUGAAAUACAUAGACAUAAGAGUGGGCCACAAAUCUACAUCGCCACCAGGUACAAAGGAAGUGAUACUACCACCUCAUGAGUGUAGGUUGAGAGAUUUAACCUAUAGUGCUCCCAUUUACGUCGAUGUUGAGUACACUAGAGGUAGAAAGAUUAUUAGACAUUUUGACUUAGAAAUUGGAAGAAUGCCGAUUAUGUUAAGGUCCAACAAAUGUAUGUUGGACGGAAUGGAUGAUAAAAUGAUGGCCCAAGUUGAUGAAUGUCCUCUCGAUCCAGGUGGAUAUUUCAUUGUAAAUGGUACAGAAAAAGUAAUAUUGGUUCAGGAACAAUUAUCAAAGAAUAGAAUCAUCGUCGAAGCGGAUGAGAAAAAGGGCAUAGUCCAAGCUUCUGUUACGUCCUCCACUCAUGAGCGUAAAUCCAAAACAUACGUGAUUACCAAGAAUGACAAAAUUUACCUCAAGCACAAUUCUAUUAGUGAGGAUAUACCUAUUGUGAUAGUUUUAAAGGCAGCGGGUGUGAUUUCAGAUUUGGAAAUUUUACAACUUGUUUGUGGGUCAGACCCCAACUAUCAAGAUUUAUUUGUGGUAAAUUUCGAAGAGGCUGCCAAGUUGGAAGUGUUUACCCAACAACAAGCUUUGCUUUAUUUGGGAAAGAGGGUAAAGACUAUUAGAAGAGCCGGUGCGCCGAAGUUAUCUCAAUUGCAGGAAGGUAUAGAAGCCAUCGCCACCACUAUCAUAGCGCACUUGACUGUAGUUGACUUGCAGUUUAGAGAAAAGGCGUUGUACAUGGCAAUGAUGGCCAGACGUGUAGUUAUGGCCAUGCACAACCCCAAAAUGGUGGAUGACCGUGAUUACGUCGGUAACAAAAGGUUGGAACUCGCUGGGCAACUAAUGUCCUUGCUUUUUGAAGAUUUGUUUAAAAAAUUCAACUCCGACUUCAAGGCCAAUAUUGACAAAAUUUUAAAGAAGCCUAGCCGCACGUCUGAAUUUGAUGCUUUAUUGUCGAUUAACAUUCAUUCCAACAAUAUAACUAUGGGUCUAAACAGAGCGAUAUCCACAGGUAACUGGUCUUUAAAACGUUUCAAGAUGGAAAGAGCUGGUGUCACUCACGUUUUGUCUCGAUUGUCGUACAUUUCUGCCUUGGGUAUGAUGACGCGUAUCUCAUCACAGUUUGAAAAAUCAAGAAAAGUUUCAGGUCCUCGUGCUUUGCAACCUUCGCAAUUUGGAAUGCUUUGUACAGCCGAUACUCCUGAAGGUGAAGCUUGUGGUUUAGUCAAGAAUCUAGCGUUGAUGACGCAUAUCACUACCGAUGAUGAAGAAGGGCCGAUCAAGAAGUUGUGUACCGCGCUUGGGUGUGAAUCGAUCUUGGGAUUAGACUCGGCGACUUUGCACGUUGAGGGAAAUUUUGGAGUUUAUCUCAAUGGUACCUUAGUAGGUACUACUAGAUUUCCAGUUAAGUUUGUCACUGAUUUUCGCCGAUUGAGAAGGGCAGGUAAAGUGUCAGCAUUUGUGAGUAUUUACACCAAUACGCAUCAACAAGCUGUGCAUAUUGCUACGGAUGGUGGAAGAAUUUGUCGUCCGUUGAUUAUCGUGGAGAAAAAUAAAUCCAAAGUAGAAGCAAAGCAUUUGGCUAAAUUGUUGAAUGGCGAGUGGGAGUUUGACGACUUUUUAAGGGAAGGACUAGUUGAGUAUCUUGAUGUCAAUGAAGAGAACGAUUCGUUGAUUGCGCUAUAUGAAAAGGACAUUGGGGAGAAUCCAAAUGCCACCGUGACUCACUUGGAGAUAGAACCAUUUACUGUGCUAGGCGCAGUUGCGGGUUUAAUUCCUUACCCUCAUCAUAACCAAUCGCCUAGAAACACUUAUCAAUGUGCGAUGGGUAAACAAGCUAUAGGGGCUAUAGCGUACAACCAGUUUAGAAGAAUUGACACCUUGCUUUAUUUUAUGGUUUACCCACAGCAGCCAAUGGUAAAGACCAAGACUAUUGAAUUAAUCAACUAUGAUAAAUUGCCAGCCGGGCAAAAUGCUACUGUUGCGGUAAUGUCAUACUCAGGUUAUGAUAUUGAAGAUGCCUUGGUGCUUAACAAGUCGUCAUUGGAUCGGGGCUUUGGAAGAUGUCAAGUAGUUCGAAAAAAUACUGUACAGUUGAAAAAGUACCCCAACCACAGCAAAGAUAUCUUGUCAGGAAUGAGGGUGGACGAAAAUGAUCAGCCAAUCUUUCCUCACCAAGCUUUGGGUCCUGAUGGGUUGGGUGAAGUGGGCAGCAGAAUUGAAAACGGGCAGGUCUUUGCCAAUAAAUGUGUUCCUACUAACUCUGGCGAAACAAGUUUGGGACAGCCUCAACAGGCUGAAAACCAUAGAGAGGCUCCUGCAUUUUAUAAGGGCCCCGAACCAUCAUAUGUCGAUCAAGUCAUGAUGUCAGUUAGUGACAACGACCAAGCAUUGAUCAAAGUGUUGCUUCGACAAACCAGAAGACCGGAGUUGGGAGACAAAUUCUCCUCGAGACAUGGACAGAAAGGUGUUUGUGGAAUCAUUGUUCAACAGGAGGAUUUACCAUUUAAUGAUGACGGUAUCUCUCCCGACAUUAUUAUGAAUCCACACGGUUUUCCAUCGCGUAUGACAGUGGGUAAAAUGAUUGAAUUGAUAUCGGGAAAGGCUGGUGUUCUAAAUGGAUCGUUAGAAUAUGGUACUUGUUUUGGUGGGUCCAAGUUGGAAGAGAUGUCAAAAAUUCUCGUUGACAAGGGUUUCUCUUAUUCAGGUAAGGAUAUGUUGUACUCGGGAAUUACGGGAGAAUGUUUACAAGCAUACAUCUUUUUUGGGCCAAUAUAUUAUCAGAAAUUGAAGCAUAUGGUAUUGGACAAGAUGCAUGCAAGAGCAAGAGGUCCAAGGGCUGUGUUGACCAGACAGCCUACUGAAGGUAGAUCUAGAGACGGUGGUUUGAGAUUAGGUGAAAUGGAGAGAGACUGUGUCAUAGCCUACGGUGCGUCUCAAUUACUUUUAGAAAGAUUGAUGAUAUCCUCCGAUGCCUUUGAAGUGGAUAUCUGUAACAAGUGUGGCUUGAUGGGAUAUAACUCGUGGUGUACCACAUGCAAGAGCACGGAAAACAUUAUAAAAAUGACCAUCCCUUAUGCUGCCAAACUUUUAUUCCAAGAGUUACUUUCCAUGAAUAUAGCUCCUAGGUUGAGGUUGGGUGAUGUUUUUUAA